ACAUGGGACCACAGGUACACGUUACAGGCAAUCCGCCCAUCAACUCUGGGAGGCCUAACUGGGUUUUACCUGAAUUCGAAUCUUAAUUGUACCUGUCUGCACUAUGUUGAGCGAGUGAAACUGUAAAGUUCUGUCAAGGUAUGGCUCUUCGACGUCGAAAGAUCGUCCAGACUGUGGAGAAAUUGGACGCUUUUUCGAAAUUGCCAGAAGAAUGCACUGUCACUUCCAAAUCAGGUGGCACGAUCUCUCUUCUCACAUUUGCUCUCCUUGCUUGGUUGGUGAUUCUGGAGGUGCAUGACUACCUCACUGAUUCUAGUCUCCGCUUCACAUUCCACCCAGACAAGGACUUCACUGCAAAGCUGAGUAUUCAUGUGGAUAUGACUGUUGCCACUCCAUGCUCAAUGAUAGGUGCAGAUGUAACAGAUGCCACCAAACAAAACAUGGCUCUGUUUGGGAGAUUUGAUGAGGAAAAGGCAUGGUUCAAUUUGUCACCAAGGCAACGGGCAUAUUUUGAUCGAGUAAAGGAAGUCAACUCCUAUCUGAGGGACCAAUACCAUUCCUUAUCUCAUCAGCUCUGGAAAUCAGGAUAUUCCACAUUGUAUGGCUCAAUGCCUUCUCGCUCAUCAGUGGAGAUACCUGACACACCACAUGAUGCUUGUCGCAUACAUGGUACACUCCAAGUUAAUAAAGUUGGCGGGAAUCUCCAUGUGAUUGCUGGGAAAAGCAUAGACAUUGGAAUUGGCCAUGCUCAUAUAUCCAUGAUCAUGUUCGGUUCUGAUUUUCCCAAUUUCAACUUCUCACAUCGCAUUGAUCGCCUAUGGUUUGGACAGCCUAGUUCUGGGAUCAUUCAGCCAUUAGAUGCUGAUGAGCAAAUAGCUGAUUCAUCCAAUAUGAUGUAUCAAUACUUCAUCACUGUCGUUCCAACUGAAGUGGUCACAAAAUUCACCUCAACCACCACUUACCAAUAUUCUGUGAAAGAGCUUCAUCGAGCCAUAAGUCAUGAAAAAGGAUCCCAUGGAACACCUGGCAUUUACAUCAAGUAUGACUUCAGUGCCUUGAGGGUGAAGGUUUCAGAAGAUGCAGAGCCCUUAUGGCGUUUCCUCACCCGGCUGUGUGCUAUCACAGGAGGAGUUUUUGCUACAUCAGGUAUAAUAACAUCUGCCAUAGAGGCCAUGGUUGAUUUUAUUUGCUGUCGGCGGCAAGCCAAGGAGAAGUUGCAUGCUAUGGAAUCAAGGAAUAUGGGUGAAUGUUGCUCCCUGCUACCAGCUGAAACCAGUGAGGUUGACAGUCAAGGAUGCACAUCUCCUCUUCUAGUAGUGCCAGAUAGUGAAGAACCUGGAAACUCAUCUCCUUUGUUUAUUAAUGGCUUCCCUGCAUCCAGCAUAAAUACUCCAUAUGUUGAAGCCACUGAGGACACAGGCAGGUAG